AUGGCCUCCGAAACAAGCUCACCGAAGGGCAUUGAGCAGACCUCCGCGGCUGCGACUCAGCCCCAGGAGAAGCUCUUUGGAAGAAAGUUUUAUGAAAGCAUUGGCAGCCCAACAUAUGUCGUUGCCCCAAUGGUUGACAGAUCAGAAUUCGCGUGGCGCAUGCUCACUCGGUCUUUCAUGCCACCAAACGACCCGAAGCCUUUACUCGCUUACACCCCGAUGUUCCAUGCACGUUUAUUCGGCGAACAAGAGAACGUCCGUGCCAAACAUUUCCAACCUACCCGUAAAGUCAUCGGAGAGGACAAGGAUGAAUUGUUCCUUGAUGGAAAUCCCGCAAUUGACCGACCACUUUUCGUUCAAUUUUGCACAAAUAACCCCGACGAGUUCUUGGAGGCUGCCCGCCAUGUCGCGCCUCACUGCGACGCCGUGGACUUGAAUCUUGGCUGCCCACAGGGAAUCGCGAAAAAGGGACACUACGGAGCUUUCCUCCAAGAAGACUGGGACUUGAUAUAUAAACUUGUGCGUCGGUUGCAUACCGAGCUCUCAGUCCCUGUCACGGUGAAAUUCCGUAUUCAAGACACCAAGGAGAAGACUUUGGAGUACGCUAGAAUGAUUCUCUCCGCUGGGGCCAGUAUCAUUACUGUGCAUGGACGCAGACGGGAGCAGAAGGGUCACAACACUGGUGUCGCAGACUGGGGCUACAUCCGUUAUUUACGAGAUAAUCUCCCUGAAGAUACGGUAAUCUUUGCCAAUGGCAACAUCCUUAACUACGGCGAUAUAGAAACCUGUCUCGAGGCGACCGGAGCCGACGCUGUGAUGAGCGCAGAAGGAAAUUUAUCGGAUCCAUCUAUCUUCAGCAAACCGCCUUCGGCGGGUACCGAAGAAAGAGAAUAUUGGCGCGGUCGGGAUGGAAAGGGUGGUUAUCGAAUCGAUGCCGUCCUGCGACGAUACCUUGAUAUUAUCUAUAAAUACGUCCUCGAACAGCCGGUUCCAGAACGAAAGCCGCUUUAUCUCCCGUCCGACCCAGUUGAUGAGUUUGCAGAAACCAAUGACGCCGAAGAUAACGGCCAUGAAGACGGCCCGCUCAAGAAAAAGCAAAAGCGCAGCAAGGCCGAGAAGGGCAAGAAGUGUCACUCUGCCAGCCUUGGUUUCAUGCAAGGCCAUCUCUUCCAAGUCUUGCGGCCAAUGGUUGCAACCCAUACAAACGUUCGAGACGCUCUUGCGACAUCGAAACCAGGCGACAUGGCCGCUUUUGAGCACACACUGGCACUCCUUGAAGAGGCCAUCAAAGGUGGACUUCAGGAAUAUGAGGCAUCCCCCGAAAAGUUUGAAACACAACCAGAUGAGACUUUGAAGGGAUCUAAAGCAGUUAUUGCUGAAUAUGGAAGGCCUUGGUGGAUCUGCCAGCCUCAUAUUCGUCCUCUGCCCGAAGAAGCAUUUGAAAGUGGAGCGAUGCGUGAAAAGGGCACAAAACCUCUCGCCAAGAUUGAGAACGAAGAAAAGAACACGCCCAAGGAGACUUGCACUCCUUCCGAGGGCCCUGUCACGCCGGGUGAUGGGGCUGUCAUAACUGCCACCAAUCUCACGCCUGAUUCUCUCGUGAGUGGAUAA